AUGGCAAGUAUCUCACUCAACAGACCACCAUCACAGUUACUGCUAGUUGGAAAGAAAACGUUUAUCCGUGUAGAUGCUCCCUUCAACCGUUUGCGCACUGUUCUGCAAGACCGAAGAGAUAUUCGCGCCGUACUUCGACGAGUGGUGAAACUCCAUCUUUACCUGCCAAGAGCAUUCGACAGAUUCUUUUCUUCAACAGUAAUGGGCGCAGGGCAGCGACGAGGAGCGGGCACAUCCAUGACUGAAAAGAAGAUACAUGCUGAUUGA